GAGCGGGAAAAUAGCGGGAUACCAGCAGGAGAUACUUCGAGACGUCGCUCGCCUUGUUUCGCCCUUCCCGUGCGUGCUACGUGUUCUGUGUGCGUCUUCAUUGUAGUCGUGCAUUCGCGAUGAAGAGGACGAACCCUUUCGCUGACGACGUUCCCAUACAGAGCAAAUUUUAUGCCUCCGAAAGAGAAGUGGACAAGAAGUGCGAAAAGCGGAUGUCGGCCGUGUACACAAAAACAUUGAGGAUGCUGUACUCUGCCUCACAUCAGCGCCAUGAAACUUCCAAACCACAUCAAGGAGCACAGGCGAACGAAGCCACUGCAAUGAACACGCAACCCCAGCCGUGCAGUGCGUGUCAGCGAAAAUGUGCGACCGUGACAAGUUGUGCCUUCUGCGACCGGCCGUCAUGCGACUCCUGCACUCGGCUCUGUGCGUCGUGCGAGAAGGCUUACUGCACCUUGUGUUCUGUGCUAAGGUAUACUCAACAUGGUGAAUAUGCCACAUGCCUGUCGUGUGGAAACUAGACCGCCAGAAAAUCGGAGGCUCUCUGUAAAUUGUGUAAAUACCUGCAACUUUUGGACUGCUGCUUAGUGUCAAGAAUCCUGCUAAAAUUGCAUGAUUAUGCUGAACCAUUCAACAUGUCGCUGCACUGUCGAUCCAAGUCCCGGUUCUAACCUUCUGCAGUGUAUGUGACAAGUGGAGCGUAUGACACCAAGCUUGGGAUUUGGGGACAGCACACCUUUUAUGUGGAGUAGUUUUGCAGUGCAGUAUAUUUAUCUGUAAACUGUUGUUCUGAAAUGCCUGUUUUGCUUUUUAAUUAAAUUAUUCUUGCAAUGAAA